UGCAGCUGAAAAUUCUCCACUUGCUCUCCGUGAAAAAUCAUUGUAUCUGAGAGGAAUAAACUUUUGACAUCUUGAAAAAGUUGAAUACGUUGCAUUUUGCUGAACUGCUAUCUGCAUCACAAUUAUAAAUGUGUCCAGGAAUACCAUAACAAUGACAGAAAAGACAAGCUUCUUUCUAAGAUUCCUAUCUCAGCUUCUGAUGCUGUGCAGUUCCCUUGGAUUUCCUCAUCACACACAAGACAAUAGGACCUUGCCAUGCAGCAUUGAACAAAAUAUUUCAUCUAUUACAUUUGAUUGUCGUGCUGGUCGGUUAAAAAAAGUACCCAUUCCCAUUGAAUAUGUGUCUGAAUCCAUAAUAUUACUACUGUCAGAUAAUAAUCUGCACUCACUAUCUAAAGAGUCUUUUCAAGACUGGUCUAACCUCACAAAAUUAGAUUUAAGUAAGAAUCGCUACCUGGAGAAAACCCCCCAGAAAUUACAUAAAUGCAAAAGAGUUCUGGAAAUCCAAAAUGGAACAUUUUCCAACUUAACAAAAUUGAAAGAGCUGUAUAUUGAUCAAAAUAAUUUAUGCAAUAUACCAACUGGACUGCCACUUUCUUUGCAAGUCUUGAGUUUACAGUACAACAAUAUUUUUUCAAUUAGUAAGAAAAGUUUCUCUAGGCUAAACAAUUUGAAAGAACUGCAGCUUGGCCAUAAUUGUUACUAUAGUAAUAAGUGUAAGGGGACCUUAAAUAUUAAAUAUGGUGCAUUCUCCGAGCUAACACAAUUAACUGUACUGUCUCUUUCAUCUAACAAUCUGAUCCGUGUGCCUCAAAAUCUACCUUCAUCGUUAAUUCAACUAUAUUUAGGUAAUAACAGAAUACAAGUUAUUGGUAGAGAUGAUUUCAAUAACUUAAUUAAUUUAGAAUUACUUCACCUGAGUGGAAAUUGUCCAAGAUGCUUUAAUGCUGCCUAUUUAUGUAUACCCUGCACCAAUCCAUCCUAUAUUCAAAUUAAUGAUUAUGCUUUUCAGAACCUCAGAAACUUAACUCAACUUAAUCUUGCAAGCACAUCCCUGAGAUCUGUACCACAAAUAUGGUUUAAAAAUACAACUAAGUUAAAAGUGUUGGAUCUUACACUUAAUUACCUAUUGAAUGAAAUUGCAUCAGCAGACUUUUUACAUAAUUUAACAUUUCUAGAAAGACUUGACUUGUCUUAUAAUUAUGAAGUAAAAUCAUAUCCAAAGACCAUUAACCUUUCAGAUAAUUUUUCCAAAUUAAUCUCCCUUCGACAGUUGCGUAUGCAAGGAUAUGUAUUUAAAGAAAUCACUACUUCUAGCUUAGCUCCUCUAACCACACUCAAAAAACUAAAUGUAAUAGAUUUUGGAGUAAACUUUAUAAGACAAAUUAAUUUUAAUGUUUUUCUUCAAUUUCCUAAUUUAACUUUAAUUAAGCUAUCUGAGAAUAAAAUAUCACCAAUUUCUGAGAAUUAUAAUCGAAGCCAAGUAGUGGAAACCUUUCAAACUCACACCAUUAACAAAAAUUCAAUAGAUAAUUAUGUUUCAUCUCAUAAAGUUCACACAGAAUAUGUUCCAAAAAUAUAUAGGGUUGAUUUUGAACUAGAAAAGAUCAAGUGUAGUUCAUAUGGUAAAACGUUGGACCUCAGUUUGAAUAGUAUAUUUUUUAUCGAUCCAGAACAAUUUAGGCCUUUUCAAGAUAUAGCAUGUUUGAAUUUGUCCGCCAAUGGGAUUGGUCAAGACUUAAAUGGUACAGAAUUUAUCUACCUAUCAAAUCUGAAAUAUUUAGAUUUAUCUUUCAACAAACUAGAUUUUGCAUCUAUUAAUGCAUUUUCAGAACUGUCUCAUUUAGAAGUUUUAGAUGUGAGUUAUAAUAAGCAUUAUUUUGUUGUGGAAGGUGUUACUCACCAUCUGAAAUUCAUUGAACAUCUUCAACACCUAAAAAUUUUAAAUCUAAAAGCCAAUAAAAUAUCCACUCUUACUGAAGCUGAAAUUAAAAGUAAUUCUUUAGAAGAGUUAAACUUUUCACAAAAUCGUUUGGAUGUGUUAUGGAAAAAUGGUGAUGGACGUUACUUAGAUAUAUUUGGGAAUUUUUCUAACCUUAAAAUUCUAGACAUAUCUCACAACAGACUCCAUAAAAUACCUAGCAAAGCACUUAGAAACUUACCCAAAAGUCUUCAGAAAUUAUUCUUGAACGAUAAUGCUAUAGAGACUUUUGAAUGGGAAAUACUAAAACAAUUUGAGAACCUAGUGAUUCUUGAUCUAAGUCACAAUCACCUAGCAACGAUAACAGGAAAUUUAUCUAAUCAAACAAAUUCACUGCAAACAUUAUUUCUGAAGAGCAACAGAAUUUUUCAAUUGCCAGUGUCAUUUCUUCACAAUGUCAAAAGCCUCAUAAACCUUGAUUUAAGUAAUAACCUUAUUGAGACUAUAAACAAAUCAGUAUUUUUGUCUGGUAAUGAAAAUUAUUUAAAAGUCUUAGAACUCAAGGGAAAUCCAUUUGACUGCAACUGUGGUAUUAUUGAAUUUUUGAGUUGGAUCAAAAGGAAUAAUGUUACAAUUCCACGACUGGCAACUGAUGUCACAUGUGCCACUCCAAUCAUCAGAAAAAGAGAAACCAUCAUAUAUUUUGAUGUGAAAACCUGUAAUUUAGAUAGUGUUUCAUUGAUGUUAUUUUUGUUGUCAUUUGUUUUAGCCGUUCAUAUUAUUGCAUUACCUAUUAUGAAGCAUCUAUUUUUCUGGGAUCUAUGGUUUCUUUAUCAUUUUUGUACAGCAAAACUGAAAUGGCGCAAAGUUGGCGCCUCUGAAUGCCUAUAUGAUGCAUUUGUAGCUUACGACACUAAAGAUCUGGCCGUAAGUGAUUGGGUGUUGAAUGAACUAUGUUACCAUGUAGAGAGUAAAGGAGAUAGACACAUACUUCUUUGUUUAGAAGAAAGAGACUGGGAACCAGGGAAAGCAAUUAUUGAUAAUCUUGUGCAUAGCAUUAAUCAAAGUAAAAAGACAAUAUUUGUUCUUACAAAGGACUACAUAAAAAGUGGAAAGUUUAAAACAACAUUUUAUUUGGCCUUACAAAAACUUAUAGAUGAAAACAUGGAUGUGAUUGUCAUUGUUCUGUUACAACCUGUUUUGCAAAAUUCCCAGUACUUGAGAUUUAGAAAAAAAAUCUGCAAGAGUUCCAUAUUGGAGUGGCCAAAAAAUCCACAUGCAGAAGUCUUAUUUUGGCAAAAGAUGAGAAAUGUUGUGAUUACAGAAAACUAUACUAGGUACAACCAUUUGUAUACAGAUCAUCUUUAGGGAUUGUAGGUAAAUAUUACAAUACAAGAAAUAUUUUUGUAUUGGUUUUGUUUUACAAUACUGAUUUAAAAC